AUUCAUAAAUUCUUAUCAAGGAAAAGCAAUUACCUACUUUUCCUGUUAAAUAUUUUAGACAUAAUCAUUUCUCUCAUUUCAUAAUCCAUUAUCUUCUUCAAUUGUUCUUCUUUCUGAAUAUCCUGAUCUCAAACAGAUUUUCAUUUGCUUUUCAUCGCUGCAACUGUUUCUAGUACUUGAAAUAAGUAAUCUGUUAGUUGAAUUUCAUUUUCUCUACAGAUUCUGCUUUUCUGUUCUGUACACGGAAAUCUCGGAAGUUGAUGCAGGGAAUGAGCACGGACGAAAUGAGAGAGCAUAACCACCAUAAUCAUCACCACCGGCACCAUUCUGAUGCGGAGAUCGCGAGCUCGGAGAGAGUUCCGUAUAGUGGUCCUUUAAGUGGACCUCUCAACAAGAGACCAGCGGCGGGGAAGAAGAGUGCUAGAUUCAACGUGCCGGCGGCGACGGAAGUUGGAGGAUCUUCCGGCAACGGUGAGGCUUAUGUGGAGAUCACGCUCGACUUGCGCGAGGACUCCGUGGCUGUGCAGAGUGUGAAGGCCGCAAACGGAGAGGAUUUAGGAGAGGAUCCGGAGCUGACUCUGUUGGCAAAAGGUCUAGAGAAGAAGUCGACUUCGUCGGUGGUGAGGAAUGCGUCGGCUCGUUUCAGGCAAGUCUCGCAGGAGCUGAAGCGCUUGGCUUCGUUCUCGAAGAAGCCGGCUCCUGCUCCUCGCUUUGACAGGACAAAAUCCGCUGCUGCUCACGCCUUGAAGGGCCUCAAGUUCAUAAGCAAGACCGACGGUGGAGCUGGCUGGGCCGCCGUCGAGAAGCGUUUCGACGAACUCACUGCUUCCUCAGACGGAAACUUGCAUCGUUCGCAAUUUGGCGAAUGCAUCGGGAUGAAUUCAAAGGAGUUUGCAUUAGAGUUGUUCGAUGCUUUGACUCGGAAACGAGGCAUUAGCGGGGAUGCAAUCAGCAAGUCUCAGCUAAGAGAAUUCUGGGACCAGAUUUCCGAUCAGAGUUUCGAUUCAAGGCUACAAACUUUCUUUGACAUGGUGGAUAAAGAUGCAGAUGGUAGGAUCACUGAAGAGGAAGUCAAAGAGAUUAUCAGCCUUAGCGCUUCUGCAAACAGACUGUCUAAUAUCCAGAAGCAGGCAGAGGAAUACGCCGCUUUGAUCAUGGAAGAGUUAGACCCAGACAAUCUUGGAUACAUCAUGAUAGACAACCUUGAAAUGCUUCUAUUGCAAGCACCCAACCAGUCUGUGAGAGUGGGAGAGAGCAAAAAUCUGAGCCAAAUGCUAAGCCAGAAGCUUAAGCCUACGCAUGAUAACAACCCAAUAAGGCGGUGGUGCAGAGGAACCAAGUACUUCUUGCUAGAUAAUUGGCAGAGAGUUUGGGUAAUUGCUCUAUGGAUCGGGGUCAUGGCUGGCUUAUUUGCGUAUAAGUAUGUGCAAUAUCGACAUAGAGCUGCAUAUGACGUGAUGGGACCUUGUGUUUGCAUGGCCAAAGGUGCAGCCGAGACACUUAAAUUGAAUAUGGCUCUGAUUUUACUGCCAGUCUGCAGAAACACCAUCACCUGGCUCAGGAACAAGACUAAAUUGGGUAUCGUGAUUCCGUUCGAUGACAAUCUCAAUUUUCACAAGGUAAUAGCAGUGGGAAUCUCAAUUGGAGUUGGAAUACAUGGCAUUGCUCAUUUAGCUUGUGAUUUCCCUCGCCUGCUAAGUGCGAGCAAAGAGAAGUAUGCGCCUAUGGUGAAAUAUUUUGGAGAACAACCAACAAGCUACUGGCAUUUUGUGAAAUCAGUGGAAGGAGUGACUGGAAUCGUGAUGGUAGUUCUGAUGGCAAUAGCCUUCACGCUGGCUACCCCUUGGUUCAGGCGAGGCAAACUUAAUAACCUGCCCAAACCGCUCAAGAAGCUCACCGGUUUCAAUGCCUUCUGGUACUCUCAUCACUUGUUUGUCAUAGUCUACGCCCUGCUCAUUGUGCAUGGUAUUUACCUAUACCUCACCAAGGAAUGGUAUAAGAAAACGACCUGGAUGUACUUGGCAAUACCAAUCACCCUUUACGCCUGUGAAAGAUUGAUUAGAGCACUAAGGUCCAGCAUCAAGGCAGUGUCCAUACAAAAGGUGGCUGUUUAUCCUGGAAACGUGUUGGCACUACACAUGUCAAAGCCUCAAGGUUUUAGAUACAAAAGCGGGCAAUAUAUGUUUGUCAACUGUGCCGCAGUAUCUCCCUUUGAAUGGCAUCCAUUUUCUAUCACUUCAGCCCCAGGAGAUGACUACCUCAGUGUUCACAUUAGAACUCUUGGUGACUGGACACGGCAGCUGCGAACAGUAUUCUCAGAGGUGUGUCAGCCGCCUCCCAAUGGUAUAAGUGGACUCUUAAGAGCCGACGGCUUGCAAGGAAACUGCCACCCCAAUUUCCCAAGAGUGCUGAUCGAUGGUCCAUAUGGGGCACCAGCGCAAGACUACAAGAAAUAUGAAGUACUUUUGCUGGUGGGUCUAGGAAUAGGGGCCACCCCAAUGAUCAGUAUUGUAAAAGACAUUGUGAACAAUAUAAGGGCCAUGGAAGACGAAGAGAAUGCUAUAGAGAAUGGAACGGCAGGAACCCCAACACUUAGCCCUACCACGCCGAAAAGAAGAGAAAACUUCAAGACUAGAAGGGCAUACUUUUAUUGGGUGACAAGGGAACAAGGGUCAUUUGAUUGGUUUAAAGGGGUGAUGAAUGAAGUGGCUGAGUUAGAUCACAAUAAUGUCAUUGAGCUACACAACUACUGUACCAGUGUUUAUGAAGAAGGUGAUGCUCGCUCUGCUCUCAUUACCAUGCUCCAGUCCAUCAAUCACGCCAAGAAUGGCGUAGACAUUGUGUCUGGUACACGCGUCAAAUCCCACUUUGCCAAACCUAAUUGGCGCAAUGUGUACAAGCGCAUUGCUGUUAAUCAUACAAAUUCUCGAGUUGGAGUGUUUUACUGUGGAGCACCGACGCUGACGAAAGAGCUACGUCAGCUGGCCUUAGAUUUUUCUCACAAGACCAGCACCAAAUUUGACUUCCAUAAAGAGAACUUUUGAUAAAAGAAGAAGAAGCCCACUUCCACUAAGAGUUGUUUGUAAUUUUAUCUCCCCCACUCUCUACACUGUGUAGUUCUUUCCUCCUUGCUUUCCCACUAUGGCAGCCAUUAUAAAUAGAAAUAGAAAAUUAUUCAACGUGAUGGAGACAAAAACAUUGACUGUGGACUGUGGGGGCCCACCAACACACAAACAAUCGAAAGUUGGGUUGGGUUUUGGAAUAUGAAGCGUGUGAAUGUGCCAAAAUUUUCCGGUCCAUGCUGUGCAACUAGUCCUGCCCGCCCUGCUGCUGAUUCUCUCAUUAUCAAUGCAUAAAUUCUAAAUUGCCGACCAGAUCCUGUUAACUUGUUAUAUCACUAUCUUUUAAUAUCCACUCUCCUUUUUGACAACUAAUUGUAUGUAUCACUUUCAGCUCUAUUAAUUGGAUAAUUUUCAAUUCUAAAUCGAAUUUAUAAAAUUUUGUAAGGUCACUAGCAAGUAUGGUCCCUCCCCAUUGUAAUUGUGUAUUCAAUCAUUGUUUGUAAAUAUCAUCUCCUUGUUUUGAUGUUUAUUUUGGUGACCAUUAAUAAUUAUUGGGGCUACAAUAAAUACUUGAUGCCAGAACUUGAAUGGAA